GAGGACAGUAACGGAGCAUCCUGACGUCUUCUCGACACAUCUUGGUCAUUGUGCGUCUUCGUCCACGUUCAAAUGUCGCCGGGAUCGUGCAAAGAAGACAUUUAAUCAUUUUCAUUCCCCAUCUUUUAAAUUUGUGUCCAGCUUUUUGAUAUUCUUUUACGUGUGAUCCCGAUGGCCGACACCGUCCUCAGCAUCAGGACCAGCACAGGAGGGCCGGAGAGGCAGGAACGAGCUGGACUCGAACAACACACCUAGCAGGAUGGGGAGCUUUGAGGUUGUGUGUGCAUGAGUGUGUGCAGGGUCAUCUACACCUCCACCCUACGCCUGUAUGAUAUAUAGAAGUCCCCACAUACGACCACGUUGCCUUCACUGACCUUUGGCCUUGCUCAAACGCGCCAGCCAAAGUUCACAUCUCCUCAUCAAGCUAAUGUAUUAAAAUGUCCGCUGCCAGACCCCACCACAACGUACCACGGGGGCAGCGAGCGUUGUGAUGAGAGGUUGACCACACCGCAGCCGUAGACGUGCACCAAUAAGACUUUGUUGAUUGAACGAGGCGUGAAAUGAAGAUUGCCAAGUUGGCGAGGAGCAACACAACUUGCCUCGGUGGACUGUGACCAGGAGGACAUCUUCUGUGGACGUGAACAAGACAAACACAAGAUGUCUCAGCUCCAUGCAGGCCUCAGCUCUGAGACCACAGAGAAGGCUCGCUUGGAACUGAACGAGAACCCGGACACGCUGCACCAGGACAUCCAGCAGGUGCGGGACAUGAUCGUGACUCGGCCUGACAUCGGCUUCCUGCGAACGGACGACGACUUCAUCCUGCGCUUUCUGAGAGCCAGGAAGUUUGACCAGGUGGAGACGUUCCGGCUGCUGGCACAGUAUUUCCAGUUCCGACAGCAGAACCUCGACAUGUUCCAGAGUUUCAAGGUGGACGACCCGGGCAUCAAGCGAGCAUUGAUGGACGGAUUCCCAGGCGUGCUGGAGACUCCGGACCAACAUGGCCGAAAGAUUCUCAUCCUGUUUGCUUCCAACUGGGACCAGAGCAGGAACUCUUUCACGGACAUUCUGCGAGCCAUCCUUCUCUCCUUGGAGGUCCUGAUCGAGAAGCCAGAGCUUCAGAUCAACGGCUUCAUCCUCAUCAUUGACUGGAGCAAUUUCUCCUUUAAGCAAGCCUCCAAGCUUACGCCCAAUAUCCUCAAACUAGCCAUCGAGGGCUUGCAGGACAGCUUUCCUGCACGCUUUGGAGGAAUCCAUUUUGUCAACCAGCCGUGGUACAUCCACGCCAUGUACACCAUCAUCAAGCCCUUCCUCAAAGACAAGACCAGGAAGCGGAUCUUUCUCCACGGCAACAACCUCAACUCCCUCCACCAGCUCAUCCAGCCCGAGUGCUUGCCGUCCGAGUUCGGUGGGACGCUGCCGCCCUACGACAUGGGCAUCUGGGCCCGGACGCUGCUGGGACCGGACUACAUGGAUGAGACCGAGUACACGCUGACAUACGACGCACUGCACGUCAGGGAGAACUGUGGAGGAGGCGGGGACAAGGAGGCCAUGAAGAGGUCUCAGUCGGUGAUCAAUCCCGCAACUCUGCGACAGACGGACCGAGAGACCAGCACUCCACUUCUGGCCCUGGACUGAACACACACACACACACACACAUGCACAAUUGCUGUGUCAUCCCAUACACCUGAACUUUUGGACUUCCUGUCUCUGAGCCCACUGCACGACAGCAGUUAGCACUCUUGAUUGUUUAUUUGUGCGUCCACACACACACACACACACACACCGAGUUAGCUUCCGAGGAGGAAUGUAAACGCUACUUUAUGAUUAUCAUGACUUUUAAAUUGUGUCUGCGAGAAGGACCGGAAUGUUUUUUUGUUUCGCUAAAAAGGUCACCACAUUGUGAGUUGCCACGCAGCGUGAAUCGUUGCAUCAACAAGAAUCAUUAUUAGACGUUAAUCAUGUUUGGAGGAAUCAGAAACUACAUGACAAGACUGGUGUUGUUGUUAGAAUGUUAGAAUGCCUGGUUUUGCAAACGAGCAUCCAAAACCAAAAACACCGUAAAACAAAUGCAACAAUCACAUCAGACUUGGCUACCAUCCGGUAGGCCUGGCUAACUUCCGUUUUGGUUCUUCAACUUGCAGCGUUUCCCUCAUGGAAGUGUUUUUGGAUCAGUGUUUGUCCAGUCUGCCCAUUAGUGGGAUUAAUGCCAGGUUGAAGAUUUAUGCUGCCACCUAGAGGACAGAAAAAAGAUUGCAAUGUUAAUGUGAAGCGCCAUGCAAUCAAACAUAUUUCUUGUUGAUGAAAUCUGUCUACCCGAUUGUUGCUUCUUUACUGCCAAGAUAUGAAAGAGUACACUUUUAAGUAUCAAACGGCUUUUAGAAUGCCGGAAAUGUCACUUUGGUAGAAUACUGUUACUUUUUUCUUGGAUCCAACACCAUCAAAGCCACAGUGCUGCUGCCACUUGCAUGACAAUUAGGAAAGUUCUACCAGAGUGCCACAUUUCAUGAAUAUGUAUUGUGCUGAAAAUGCCAAAACAUCACAAAAGAGAAAGAUUGUUUUUAUUGAAUUUAAGCUAUUUAAAAAAAAAGAUUGUAUAGUUCAUGUAUUAGCGCACUGCAAGAAAAGGUGCAUUUAAAUGCUGUUUGUUCUCAUUUUCUUUGCAGUGCGACUCCACAUCAGGGCUACACACAUCUCUAAUGUAUUUACUGCAGAAUGUAAAGUAAACAU